AUGGAAAAUACAGCAAUGAGAUGGAAAUGGGUUGUUUCUAGUGUGGCCACGUUAUUGACACUGAUGAUUUCCGUGGCCAAUAUUAUGCACCAGUAUUUGAAUCUAUGUAAGCCUAAAUUACAGCUUUGUAUAUGUAGGAUCUUAACUAUGAUUCCAGUGUAUGCAGUAGUUUCAUAUAUAUCAUAUUUGUUUGUGGAUUAUGCAGCUCCGUUGAAUAUAGUAAGAGAUUGCUAUGAAGGGUAUGUAAUGUUUUCAUUUUUGCAGCUUUUAAUUCUUUACAUGGGAGGCGAUCAGGUCAUUCUAUCUGUAUUAGAGAGCAAAAAAAUUAAGGCUGAAAUAUGGCCCCACCACCAUUUCAACCAAUCAUUAAAUAUUGUUGGAUUGGCUUCAACCACUGGGAGCAUAGAUUCCAAUGAAGAAAUUUCAGUUAAUAUUAUAGAUAUUUAUCCAGACUGCUUCUGUGAGAAGAAAGAUAACUUAGAUGAAGUUUCAAUUAAUAAUGAUGGGAUAAGGGAAAGUGAAUCUGGAAGUCAACGUAUAAAGAUUGCGAGGUUCUACUCUUUUAUUAAGCUGGGAGUCCUUCAAUUUGUGGUUUUGAAACCCAUUUCAGCACUUAUUUCACUUUUUCUUGAAUCUGUUGGAUUGUAUGGAUCUGGAACAUUCUCCUUCAAAAGAGGGUUUCUAUAUAUUGCAAUUUUAAACAGUAUUUCGGUUUCGCUUUCAGUCUACUCCCUAUUCCUAUUAUACAUCUCAAUUUCUGAGCAAUUAGCACCUAUAAGACCAGUACUUAAAUUUUUUUGCAUUAAACUUAUCAUUUUUAUGAGUUUUUGGCAAUCUAUCAUUCUUUCCAUUCUCAACUAUUCUGGAAUUUACCCAAACGAGCCAAAUUAUACCAUUAAACUUCACAACUGGCUUCUUACACUAGAAAUGACUCUUUGUGCAAUUAUAUAUGGUGUUGCUUUCACAAUAAAAAAAGACUUUAAAAACUAUAUUGAAUCCAGCCAAGGGUAUGUCCAGGAUAAUGAUAACAUGGAUAAACUUUAUAAGCACACCAAUGCCCGUAGCAAAGAUUUUUUUGCUGAAAACGAAAAUGGUCCUAAUCACACUACUGACCUAACUCACCAGACUUCAAACAAACAAAACUUCCCUUCUAAAACUUCAACUCAAUCCCCACACUCCAUUUCAAAAAAUAUCAAGUUUAUUAUUAGCAGGUUCACCUACAUAGUAAACCCAAAAGAUAUCAUCCAAGACACUAUCAAUACCUUUAGAUUUUUUAAACUUAUUAGAAAGUCGUCUAGCGCUGAAAUUAGGCUUGGCAAAAAUCAUUCGGAUAUUCUUGUUAAUGCUACUGAUAUUAAGGAAAGAAAGAGGAAAUGGAAGCUGGCAUUUUGUAGCGCUCAGGAAUGCGUAAAUGCUUUGGAUUAUAUGCUUGAAAAUGGCUUAGAGACUCUUCUGAAUACACAAGAAAAACUUAGAAUGGAGGAGGGAUUUUCAGAAAGAGAAAAAGAAUUGAAGAUGAGGCAAAAUGAGUUUGAUUCAAUUCUAAACGAGACUGAGGAAGGUCUAAGAAAAGCCAUUGAAUCCGUGCUGAUUGAAAUUAAAAGUUUAUCUGAGGAGUGUAGACAUCUUGAAAAGGAGUUUUUGAAAAAGGCUUCGAACAUUCCGAAUAUAAUUGAAAACAUGAACAAGAACGACACUAAAUUUGAUUCUGAAUAUUUGGGUAAAAAAGUCACAGUAGAAGAUAUACACAACUUACAGAACACAAGGAAAGAACUAUUAGAACACCUUGAUCAACUAAGAAAAGAUGAAGAAGCUCUGAAUAAAGAAAUACAAAAUUUGGAAAUUAAAUGGAAUGCUUAUAGAAAGAAAACUCAGAGGCUUGAGACCGAAAUAUCCCUCAAAAAAACUGAGACUAGUCACCAGGCUAUUCAAGUAGAUGCUCAUAUCAAUCGUCGUCUAAGUACAUGCAAUAGUAUUCGCCCAGAUAAAGAGAAUUAUCAAAAUAUAAAUGAGGGAGGCCAGUCCCUAGAGCAAACGGGAACAAGGAGGAAGAGAAGAGACAGUGUUGUAAAAUGGAUUGGAAGACUUUCCAUAGCUAGUUCAGCAGAAGAAAAAAUUGAUCAGAUAUGUGAUCAUGAAUUAAACACCAUGAAAAUCGAAGAAAGUACUAAGCUUGAUACCUUACAAAAUAAUACUAACAUAAUAGAAGAUAAAGAUGAAGAAGUCCAAGGAGAGUUACAAGUGCUCAACCUGCUAAGUUUAGUCAAAAUUGAGCAACCUGAAUCUGAUGAAGUUCAACCCUCGAAUACCGGACCUCCAAGCUCUAUAUUGAAACUCAAAGUAGAUCCUUCUCCUUUACUAUCCAAGUUUUUGGAUCCGAAUUUUACAUAUUCUUCUGGCCUGGAACCAAUUUAUUUUUACAAAGAAAACUCUUCAAAAACCAACAAAUUUAAUGAGGGACUUUUCUCAAAGGGAGCUUUGGAUUUCUCAUUAAAAGUCAGAAAUCAAUGUGAUGGGAGUAAAAGCUUCGAAGAGAUCUCUAUGUGUUCACAAGGCCAGAAUGCACCAGAAAGAUCUAUUAAUAGUGAAGAUAUUGCACUUUUCAACAUUUUUGUUGGAGAACUUAAAAGAAAUGAAAACAUUCCCGUGUCUUCUAUUGGAAAGUUACUUUGCAGCACACUUAAAUAG